CACUCCUAUCAUACCUUCAUAUUACUUGCGUCUGGAGCUGUCUCAUCAAAACACUUCGAUGGAUUGUCCGACUCUGCUUUCUAAUCUGCAGCUGGAUGUCGCAACUCAUCAAUCCAUGUGCAUGAAAUGCUUUCCUACUGUCCGCCGCGGUUCACCUGGACCCUUUCGACAUCCCUCUACUUCUACACAAAAUCUGCCUUGUCGGAAUAUGAGGACACUACCUGUGACCAUGCCGUAGAUCUCUCCUUUCUUCAUCAGUCCUAGCUGGGCAGGAGGCACGUGCGCAGUGCUGCCUAAACAGAUGCCUGCAACCGCGCUGUACAUGUCGAUUCUGAUUCACCAAUUCAACCUCUUGGCCCCGUACCCAUCCGCCAUUCUGAAAUGCGCCCUCUCUGACUCUUCGAUGUACCAUCAACCGCACAUUUGCUCUCUGCAUGCAUCAGCCAGGGUGCAAUUGCCCCUGUUGGGCUCGUGGCAGUGGGUAAAAGGACGCGUCUUGCAAGUCAAACUCACGGAAGUGGUCUCUAGGCUUCCUCUGACGCAUCACCAAACACGUGCUCCAUCGUAUUCCUCACAGAGAACAUAUACGGCGGCGUUAUCGUCCUCUACAUCGUCAAGACAUUACGCGAGCAGAUAUUUCACGGCACCUACGAACGUUGCGCUUAUUGCAGAGAUGUCCACAGGUUCACACCAAAAUGAUACUGCACCCAAUCUUGCAAUUCUGCCUCCUACAGAUUUGACGGGAUCAGCCAAGAAGCAGCCACGAAUAGCAGCGUCUCAAAAUGAAGAUUUUCCCGCUGUGAAGCCUUCCAUCUUAGACUCUUCAUUCCCAGUCCUUCUCCCUUACGAUGAAGCUUUGUUCAUGCAACAAGGCGAAUUUGACGCCCUGGUAACAGAGCUGGUUGGUGGCAGGAAAGACUCGCCUAUCAAGAGGCUUGCCAAAGUGGAGACUGGGUAUGACCCUGUGCAUAAGGCUCCCUUUAUCACAGGUCUGGAGAAGCACGCUGCCCACGAUCGAACUGCCGAACAUCUUGCGAAAGAGAACGAAGCACUUACAGAGAACCAAGACGUCACGUAUAUCUCGUCAAAGGACCCGUUGGUGGACUUGUUCCACGAUCUUGGCCAGAACACAUCUUCGGAUCAGCUCAAAAGCCUGCUCGAAGACGCAUGGACAAAAGAUCCUCUCACAACGCUGAAAAUCAUCUUCAAUGCACGCAGCAUCCAUCUAGGGAAAAGUAGCAAGAUCGCUGCGUACAAAGCGCUGGGUUGGCUAGCUGAGAAUCACCCCCACACUCUGCUCACCAACCUCGUCUGGCUGACUCGUCCGGUCAUCGAGAAGAAGGCACCUGGUGCCAGUGGCGAUACGGACGUCAAGAUGCCAGAUGAGAAUGACCAUCCUGAGUCUGACUUGGUGAUACUCAGCCAGCCUACAAAGAACAUAACCAGUGAGGACUUCGAUAUGAUUGAUGCCGAAGAGGCUAUACCGACGAAUGAAAUGGCGAUCAAUAUUGAGGGAGCGCACGUUAGUGCUGACGAGGCGGAGGCCGAGAGCCUCCUCAAAGCUCACGACGUUCGCUUCGGAGUCUCACACGGCUACUACAAGGACCUCCUUAACAUACUUGUCUUCGCUUCGAACGACCAGCUGAAGUUUGAUGGAGACCCUUCUGCUUUGCUUACACAAAAGCAAGACAGGGCCAGGGGCUGGAGGAAGAGGGUGCAAUGGGACGCUGCCGAAGCUAAAGCCAAGCGUAAGCUAUGGAGGAAUCAACAAAACGAACGUGUGACACGCAAGUUGCAGGAAGACCCUUUCUACCGCGCCCUCCAUCUGACCGUGGCCCGCAUCUUUGCCUGGCAACUCCAGGAAGAUCGGAAGCUUCUGGAUUCCGGCGAAAAGUCGCACUUGAGGAACCUCUCACUUGCGGCGAAGUGGGCACCCAGCUUCGGCGAGUUCCACGACAAAUGGACCACGGUCUCAUCAAGUAUCGCCGAGAUCCUGGCUCCAAGGUUGACCAAAUACGACUCCAAAGGCAGCAACACCGAGCGAGAGACGUAUCUGCGGCACGCGCGCGAACACUUCCGCAGAGAGUACACCUCGCCGCUCCGCAAAGCGCUUGCUGUAGUCGAGCGGGACAUCGCAGCCCAGACCUUCUCCAAUAUCAAGUACGACCGUGUCCCAUCUAUCGCAAUGGACCGCUACAGCGCGCUUUUCGCCAAGAAAGACAACGAGCACUUCUCCACAUACAUCAAGAACGUCGCGGCCGGCAAAGCUAGAAUCUCGGGGGCCACACUCUUGCCCUCUAAACUCGUUGCGAAAGCGCGAUCCCUUCGCGGCAUCAGCGGCGCCAGCGGCGCCGCUGCCGUAGCCCGCGAGGUUGUGGACGAACAGUGGAAGACACUUGUCCAGCGCAUCAAAGACUCCGGUGCGCUCUCUUCUUCGAUCGCUGUCUGCGACGUCAGCGGCAGCAUGAUGGAGCCCCAGCUGCCUGACCACACCACCCCUCUAGACGCCGCCAUCGGCCUCUCCCUCCUUGUCGCCGACGUCACCGCUCCCCCCUUUGGUGGCGGCUUCAUCACAUUCUCCUCGUCCCCGUCCUACGUCUCCAUCGGCGGGCCUACCGACACCCGCGGCCUCAUUGAAAAAGUGCGUGCUAUGGAAAAGGCCGCCUGGGGCAUGUCCACGAACUUCACCGCCGUCUUCGAAGACGUGAUCCUCCCUAUGGCGCUGGCGAACAAGCUGACACAGGACGAAAUGGUGAAGCAGAUAUUCGUGUUUAGCGACAUGCAGUUCGACGCUGCGCUGUACGGGCAUGAGCGCUGGACGAGCAGCUACAUCCGUAUCCAGCGCAAGUACGCCGACGCUGGGUACGAGAUGCCGAAGCUGGUAUUCUGGAAUAUGGCGGACAGCAGCACGGAUAAGCCGGUUACAAUGAACAUGCAGAAUACAGCACUGUUGUCGGGCUAUUCGCAGGGGAUGCUGAAGGUGUUCUUGGAGGGAGGGAGUUUUGAGGCGGAGGUGGACAAAGUUAGUCUGGAUGAGGGAAACGGGGACGGCACGGUGGUGGCGAAGCAAGAUGAAAAGGAGGACCCGUUAGCCUUAGUUGAAAAGGCCGUUGGGCAUCCAGCAUACGCGAUGCUGAAGGUUGUCGAUUAGGCCGGGUUGCCUGAGCUUUGAUAUUUGGCAGGAAACGGCGUUGCGCGAUGCGGCGCGUGGGAUACCACACUCAAGGCGGUCCAGGUCCAGGAGACCUGGCCGUCGUGUAUACUGCUGUUAGAAAUAAGAUCUCACCUCUGCCUACCUGUCUUGCGUUUGUUCGCCAUGGCAGCUGUCCAUCCAUUCUCUCGAGUUUCCUGUUUUGAGGACAGGUGAUGACGCGAAGAUUAUAUUUCUAUCGUACAUUGCCUCGCCCAAGGCGCUGGCACCCCGCUUUCUUCCACAACUGGCUGCACACCUCGUCCAUCA